UCGAACGCGGGCAAAUGCAGAAGCCUUUUGAGGACGCCACUUUUAACCUCCAAGUCGGCGAGCUGAGCAAACCCGUGUGGACCGACAGUGGCGUCCACUUGAUUCUGAGAACAGCCUAGAUGCUUUAGUUACUUAUAUUCGCGUCCAACUGUGACCACCAUUUUGGGAAAAAAAAAGAGAGUUAAAAAAAAAGACCUUCAGAGCAGAGAAAAAAAGAGCAAAGAUUCGUUUGGAUCUUUAUCGCUUAAUUGGUAUUCAAUGUUGACUAAAGUGCUUUCACAACCUUACGUUAUACGCUCGUGCUCAAAAACGACAUGGCAACGCGUGUCUUGGCAAUGCAUAGCAACACGGUGGUUCACCUCCGAUCCUUCCGAUCCUGCAACCAGAGCACGAUCACCGGCAUCGAUUGAGUAUAAGCUACGUGGCAAGGGACGACAAUUUGUAGAUUUCGUGCGCAUCGUGGCCAGAGGAGGUGAUGGGGGUGAUGGUUGCGUAUCGUUUCAUCGGGAAAAAUACUUGGCCAAAGGACCACCGAAUGGCGGUAAUGGAGGCCGUGGCGGUAGUGUGAUUUUGAGAGCUUCGGCGGAUGAAAGUACGCUUCGUCACCUUGGCCACGUCGCUUCCGCGAAGCGUGGACAAAACGGGAUGGGAGGUGGUCGCCAUGGCACUAUGGGUGAGAAUCUGGUGAUCAACGUACCUGUAGGCACCAUUGUGCGUGAAGUCACGAUGGAAAAGCGGCGAACCGACGAAGACGAGGAGGAGGAAAGUGAUGAAGACGCAUUAGAAAGACAGCGUGAAGCACGAUGGGUGUACUUUCCUCGCACCGAACAACCGCAGCCCGUGGCAGGACGCGUCGACUUUUUCAAACAAGCGGAACGCUUGAUGGAUGAAGAGGAUCGGUAUUUGCGAUGGCGCGAACGUACGGAAAAAGUGGCACACAUUGAAGCCGAUUUGACCGAACCAGGACAGGAAUUAAUUGUCUGCCGUGGCGGUGCAGGAGGGUAUGGCAAUCCUCACUUUCUCACCACCGAGAACCGAUCACCGAAAUGGGCGACUCGUGGACGUAAAGGCGAAACUCGAUCUCUCGAGUUGGAGCUGAAAACCAUUGCUGAUAUUGGUCUUGUGGGACUCCCCAAUGCAGGCAAAUCUAGUUUAUUAGGGGCUAUUUCUAAUGCGCAUCCGAAACAAGCCGCAUACGCAUUUACUACACUGCAUCCUUUUGUGGGCACGGUCGAUUACGCCGAUCAGUACCAACUUACUGUCGCCGAUAUUCCCGGACUGAUUCGUGGGGCACAUCGUAACAUCGGUCUUGGACACGCCUUCUUGCGCCAUGUGGAACGAGCGAAACUCUUGGUCUAUGUCGUCGAUCUCAGCGGUCCUGCUCCUUGGGAAGACGUGAAAACCUUGCAGUACGAAUUGGAAGCGUACCGACCAGGUUUAACCAAACGGCAAUCACUGAUUGUCGCCAACAAGGCAGAUCUGGUGCAAACCGCCAAAGAUAAUCUUUUCCGUUUACAAGCCGAAGCCAACGAUAUCCCCAUCAUUCCCGUGUCCGCCCGCUAUGAAAAGAACAUUCUCAAACUGACCUCCAUCUUGCGCAAAAACGUCGAACGCAUCCGUGCAGAAGAAAAACAGAAGAAAGAAUUGGAACAAAGCCAAAAAUGGGACGCAUAAAAAUCAAGGAUUUCUUUUUUCGCUGAUGUUCAUCUGUAAUACCAUCUUUGCUAGUGGCUCAAGUUACUCUGUAUCAUAUAAAAACGA